AUGCUUGGACACUCGCGCCUGCUUCUGCUGGCUUGCGUGGUCCACACUGUGGCAAGCGAUCUGAGGGAUCUGCUGGUUGCGACUGCACGUGGGGCAACCGAACUCAAGAGCUACUUGUCUUCCACGGUUGUCAAAGGCCUGCUGAGCCAGAAGGACGAGUUCGGCUUCAGCUCGCUCACAGUCGCAACCUACCUCGGCGAUUAUGUUGCAGCCGAGCUGCUCCUCAAAGAAGGUGCAAUGAUCGUGCCCGGUGACAUCACCGCAUUUAUGGGCGACGCGCCCGUGAAGCUGAGUUCCGUUGUGGAGCUGGCAGUCCGACGAAGCUCCAUGCUGAUCAUGCUGGGAACAGGCUUCAAGAUGCCUCCUUACCUGCACGAAGCCCAGAAGAGGAUCUCCACAUCAAAAAAGCCUUCACCAUCAAACCCCGAGGUGCCGGAUGUAGCACGGACGCUCGAAUUGAUUGCAGCAAGCGGUGCGCAAGCAACAGAGAAGUCACAGGAGGAGGGCGCCGACUUGGCACGUGCCUCCUACUUUCUCGACUCCUCCAUGGUGGGUGUUUUGCUGAAGUUGGGGGUCCAGACGGAAGUAGGCUUCUCCAGGGCGGCCAGCCGUGCCUUAAUCGCUGUCGUGUUGGGCAUCGGCCAGCUCAAGCACCGCUUGAACCGUGCCCUGCUUCAGCAGCCGCGGAUGGCAGGGCGGCUCUUUCGCGAUUACUACGGUUUCGACAUCGAGUCCGAGACAAAGCUUCUCAGCUCGACCUUUCAAGCCAUGUCUUUUGAAGACACACUGCGCAUGGUGAAUGGCAAGGCUAUUCUUGUGACCGAGAGCUUGCUCAAGGCUCGUGCAGACCCGAGUUUUGCACAAAGCAGGCAAAGCGGCAAGACACCCUUGCACCAUUGUGCAGAGCAUGGCCUCUCAGCGUUGGCCGAGGUGCUGCUUUCCGCCAAAGCAGAUCCAGAAGCUCGAAGUAAACCCUUGCAGAGGACGCCACUGCACCAAGCUGUGAUCCACCGUUCUCUAGGUGUGCUACAAGCGCUUCUGGAUGCUGGGGCGCAAGUGUUGACGAUGGAUUCUGCAGGUCGCACUGCACCGGACUUGGCCAAGCAGCUGCGUUGGGCGGAGGGUCAGCAGUACUUGCAACUGUCAACGUGCUCUUCAGACGGAUGCGUGGCCGGAACGAGCUUAGAAGACGAGGCAUCCGUGCACCUUCCUGAACUGCUUCCAGCAGGCUGGAAGGAUCGCUGGGAGCGGGGAAGCCUCUCUGCAGCCUGGGGCCGGCCAGAGAGUCAAACGUGUGAACUCGCGGUGGUGGCAGCCGAGGAGCUCUCUGCCGAAACCUUCGUGGACGACUAUCUGUCGCUUCGACGUCCCCUCUUGGUUCGCGGCGGUGCCAGGCACAUGCCCGCCUUCGAGCGCUGGUCAUUGCGCUACCUGCUCCGAAAGGUCGGUGAGACGAUGAUGUCUGCUGUGACGAUUCCUUAUCCAGAAGACUUUGGAGACAUUGAUGCCAAAGAUGCACGCCGUCUCUCAUUGAAAGAGUACGUCAAUAACAUUAUGGGAAAGGUCAACUCCUCGUCCGGCACGCCGCUGUAUGUGUUCUCAGUCGUGGAGCAGGAAGACCCCGCGUUCAAGAAAAUGCUUGCACUGGUCCAGAGAGACGCCACACCCCAUCCUUCUUGGAUGCAGGAGUCCGGCAAGCUUCGUUACCGCCUCGGCAACAUCCAGUUUGGAUUAGGGCCAGCUGGCUCGGGAGCCCCGCAGCACUACCACACACACGCCUAUGCCUCUCUCUUCCGAGGAAGGAAGCAAUGGUUGUUCUAUCCACCUCCGAAGUCAGCACUUUCUCGACAGCACGCCAUACAAGCAGUGCAACAGGAUCAGGAGCGAAGGCAAAAUUUGAGGCCUGUUGGGACCCUGCAGGAGGCUCUGGCUCAAAAGAGCGAGCUCCCCCUGUACUGCGAACAGGCACCCGGGGACAUCAUGUAUGUGCCCACAGACUGGGGGCACUUGACGUACAAUGUGGAUGUCAGUGUCUCCAUCUCCAGAGAGUUCUCCUGGGAGGCGGAAGAGACAGACAGCAGAGUCAUCAACUCCCUGCACAUCUGA